GUGUGUUCCUCCGCCCUGGCGCGUGGCUCUGCUCCGGACCUGUUGCUCCAGGAGGCCGCUGUGGCUCGAAAGUGAUAAGAGGGCGACGCGUUGAUUACUGUACCUGGACCUGUUCGUCGCCAUAAUGAAGGUGCCGGAGACGGAACUAAUGAGCGACAUUCUGAGGCGGCUCACAGGUGAGUCGGCGCUGCCUGUUUACUGCAGCAUCGAGAAGUUCAAACGCGGAGGAGGAGGGCUGUACUUCGUCGCCGAGGACUUCAACGAAACCGUGAAGAAACGAGAGAUGGUCAACGCCAAGGAGCGACAGAGAAUCAGGAACUUGAACACCAUGUUCUCGCGCUUGAAACGCAUGGUGCCWUUUAUGCGUCCUGAUCGAAAACCCAGUAAAGUGGACACACUUAAAGCAGCGACGGAGUACAUUCGACUGCUUCUUGCUGUUUUGCGAGACACAGACAAUGAUGGCAUGGGAACUGAUUUCCUAAAGAAUGCAAUCACUUACAGUCAAACCGAAGGCCUUGGCAAUGAUCUSUGGAGAAUGGAUGAUCUGCUUAACAUAUCAGAUGAACACCUGGAUGAUGGGUUCACCAUCCCCUCCGAACUGUCAGCAGAGGACAAUGACAUGACCAGACUGGUGCUGCAGCACUGUGUGAUGCCUGCAUACCAGUUCAUCAUUCAGGUUGCUCCUGAUCAGGCUCCGCAGMUGUCUCAACCCUGCUGAGUGUUAAGAUCAGGGUCACUGGACCAAGGCUGAAAUUCUGCCAGGAGUCCCCGUCUUUAGAAGAAAAGAACUCAACCUGAAGAAAAAUGACUWUUAUUUCAUAUUUAAAAUGUUGAAAUGCUAGUUUUGUUGAAACAAAUUUGUUAAAAUGUACUGAAUCCCUCUAAGUUGAAAGAUUUUUUUGUGUAAAUUCCAAUAUUAGAACUUCUCUGUUCCUUUUGAAAAGUCAGAGUAUUGUAUUCCUAAUUUAUCAAAGUAAAUAAAAUUAUUCAAAAA